GUGAGAAAUAGAAUAGAUUGAAUACACAAUCACAUCACCAGUAAAAAUAUUUUAUAGUCACUUGAAUUUAACUCCUUUGUGAGAGGCACACGAAGUAUCCGCUGCAAAAUGCCCAAAGACUGCCGGAGCUCGAAAUGCUUCGGUCAUGCAGUCACAAUCGUGACUUUUACGCUGCCACAUCGAAUCGCACAUCGAUCUCGGACCUCGUUGGAAAUCCCAAUGGGUAAUAAGAUCUCAACCGCGACACCUUCUACAGCGUCUGCUGGUAUAGACAGCUAUGUCAGUGAGCUUGGAGAUAUACAAUAUGAACGCAGCAUUGGAAGUGCACGUUUCAUGAAGACCAUUCGUGGUCUGCACAAAGACAGUCUAGUCAUUGUGAAGAUAUUUGUAAAGCCAGAACAAGGACUUUCAUUACAGCGAUAUGUACAACGACUCGAAGACGAGCGGGAGAAGCUGUCAGGCAUGCCUAAUGUGUUUCCAUGGCAGCGGAUGUUGGAGACUGAAAAGGCCGCUUACUUGGUCCGACAAUUCUUUUAUGGCAGCUUGUAUGAUCGCAUAAGCACACGCCCUUUCUUGACCUUAAUUGAGAAAAAAUGGAUUGCCUAUCAACUAUUACACGGCGUGGCGGAUGCUCACUCGAAAGAGAUAUAUCACGGAGACAUCAAAACUGAGAACAUUCAAGUCACCAGCUGGAACUGGGCGUUCCUUGUCGAUUUUGCAUCCUUCAAACCGACUUAUCUACCUGAGGAUAAUCCAGCCGAUUUUUCAUUUUUCUUUGACACAUCCUCUCGUCGAACUUGCUACGUAGCACCAGAAAGAUUUUACAAAGCAGGAACUGAGAUUGAUCAACACAUGAAACAACUCAGCUGGGAUGAAGAUAUAAGCGAGCUGACUCCUGCGAUGGAUGUAUUUUCUUUAGGAUGUGUUAUAGCAGAGAUGUUUUUGGAAGGAACGUCCAUUUUCUCACUAUCUCAACUUUUCAAGUAUAAGAGCGGAGAUUACAGCCCUCACGAGCAGUUGGAAAAAAUUGAAGAUGUCGAUAUCAGGAAUCUGGUUAAACAUAUGAUACAACUUGAUCCAAACGAACGUUAUACUGCUGAGACAUACUUGCAGAAAUGGAGAGGAAAGGCGUUUCCAAAUUACUUUUACACUUUCCUGUACCAGUAUAUUAGUUCAGUUAGUGACAGCCAUGAUGCCUCGAACGAGACUGGCCCUACACCAAACAUAUUCAAUUUGCCAUCACCGUUAGCAUACGCUUCAGAUCUUGCAGAUGCGGACAAAAAAAUCGAACGAAUUUACAAAGACUUUGAUAAGAUCGCAUUUUUCUUUAAUGCACAAGACGACGAUGGGAAUCAAACUAAUACACGUGCUCCACCUGGUGAACGACGGCGGACAUUGUCCGGUCUGGAAAGCACCACAGCGUCCACUAUCUUGUUACCACCAACAUUAAAUAUACCUAAUUACGACCCACACCAUUCCGAAAAAUACGCAAGAAAGCCUCGGAACCAAGCUUAUGAAGAUGGAGCACUUAUUUUUUUAACAACCAUAUGUUCACUCAUUCGAAAUACCGUUUAUCCACGCUCGAAAUUGAUGGGUUUGGAUAUUCUCUUAGCGCUGAGUGAACAUUUAGCGGAUGAUGUGAAGCUCGAUCGCCUUGUUCCGUACGUCAUUGCGCUUCUCAGCGACGAAACUGCCCUCGUCCGAGCGAAUGCUUUGAAAACAUUGACGCAAGUGCUUUGUAUGGUUGAAUCAAUUUCUCCCAUCAAUGCUCCAAUCUUCCCAGAGUAUAUCAUUCCAAAUGUUCAGCCAUUUGCUACUGAUAAAGAGGUAUUGGUCAGGACCACUUAUGCGACCUGCAUCGCUCUACUAGCGGAAACCGCAAUUAGAUUCCAGGAAAUGACUCAGGUUCUCAUUAAUGAUGGUACCUUCGCUACCGCCGAUGCGGAAACGAAUGACCUUAAUAUCGAGUCAAUAUAUGACUCGUCCAUGGCUGAGCUCAAAUCCAUCCUUCAAGAGCAAAUCGCAACGCUUUUGAUCGAUCCUGAAAGUGCAGUAAAGCGUGCCUUGCUUAUCAACAUCACCUGUUUAUGCUUAUUCUUCGGUCGCCAAAAAGCCAACGAUGUCCUGCUCAGCCAUAUGAUCACUUAUCUGAACGAUAAAGACUGGAUGCUCAGAAGUGCCUUUCUUGAGAGCAUUAAAGGAAUCGGUACAUUCGUUGGAGGUCGAAGUUUAGAGGAAUAUAUCCUUCCACUCAUGAUGCAGGCUUUGACAGACGUUGAAGAGUUUGUCGUCGAAAAUGUUUUAACUACCCUGACAAGUUUGUCAGACUUGGGUUUAUUUCAAAAGAUGAAGCUCUGGGAGCUUGUUGGUGUUAUUGCCCCACUCACCUGUCACCCUAACAUAUGGAUUCGGUAUGGCGCUAUCGGAUUUAUUGCCUCUACUUCCAAGCAUCUCCCUCAAACCGAUAUCUGGUGUAUUAUAUACCCCCUUUUAACACCAUUUCUGAUAUCGGAUGUUGCUGAAUUGAACGAACUCGGUCUUCUCGAGAAUAUACGACCACCACUUCCACGUCAGAUAUAUGACCAAGCUUUGGUAUGGGCCAGUAAAGCAACGUCCAAAUCUCUCUUUUGGAAGAUAGGGCACAAAAAGAGGACUAGUGACAGUGCUGCAUCCUCAAAGUUGGAAAUUCGAGGUCCUGGUACGUUGAUCAGACAAGGAUCACUGUUCAACAGUUUCAUGCCCAGUGAGAAAAUUACAAGAUCUGAAGAGGACGAGAAGUUCAUGGAGAGAUUGCGAAGCAUCGGUAUGACAUUAGAAGACGAAGAUAAGCUUGUUCAUAUGCGUGAAUACAUAUUCAAGGUGUCUGGAGCGAAAAUGAGUCGUCCAAAGGUUGUCGAUGAUCUUCAAACUCAAAAUGGAGAAUUGUACUUGAAGAAUCUAGGUAUUACUCCCAUGACAGUUUUUCUGAGAGAUAUAUCGUCAGAAGCUGAACAAAGAGGAGCCGGAAAAGCUGCUGAAGAGGCAAGAGUGUCUUUGGAAAGCAAUGCCACUACUGGACGCACAGUAUCAGACUAUGGUCUACACGAUAGCCCCACCAAAAAUCAGUUGACUGGAAAUGGUCAACGAAAGAGCGUAUCAUCACCGCAAAUUAGUGGUAUGGAGCAGGACGAACCUUUUGCUAAACUUAAAUCUUUACCCAUACAAUUACAACAUGACAACAACGCGAACUCGGAAUUACCUAGUCCAGUUGAAUCUAACUACCCCUCCAGCAUAUCGUCUUCCAUUGGGGAAUUGGAUCUUGAAACAGGAAAACGAAUUCGACGAAGUCGAUCAAGAGCACUCAUUGCGCCGUCAACGUCAUAUGAAGGUUCGAAAGCUUACGCUGAAACGAGCACCAUUGCCAUGAACGUCAGUGGUCGCUUAGGUAACAAAGGUAACCAAGACGAACCGGAUAAUCCUGAUAAUGUCAUGGCGGUCGCCAAUGCGGAUACAGUGGACGAAGACGACCCUGCGUAUGAUGCUCUGAAUGUACUGCCUACGAAUGAUGCUAUCAUUCAGGCGUUCCAAGGCUCAGAUCAACCCAUGCAACCCGGCGUAACCCACAGCGAAUACCUGCAAGAGCUAUUCUUGAAAAUUGCAAGCGAAGCAUUCCCUCCCAACAUGCCAGAUAUUAAAGGUGAUGGAAAAAUGAGACCUAGAGGCCGACGAGUACCACAAGGCAUGUCGGCUUUUAGAUCAUUAGCUAAUUGGAAACCGGAAGGUACUUUGGUGGCACAUCUUGCCGAACAUAUUGCUCCCAUCAAUCAAAUCAUCAUCUCCUGGGACCAUACUUUCUUUGCUUCUUGCUCGGAUGAUGGAUCUGUGCGUAUUUGGGACUGCUCACGCUUGGAGCGCAAUGUGACCAACCGAUCCCGAUCUACUUUUAACCAGCAAGGAGGACGUAUAAAAUGCAUGUGUUUCAUUCAAAAUUCUUAUAGUAUUGCCAGCGCUUCUGAUAAUGGAAGUAUCUACGUUUUCCGUGUGGACUUCCGCUUCGGAGGCAAUGCUCCAAAAUAUGGCAAGUGUGUAACCGUUCGGAAAUAUCAACUGGUGGAUGAACAUGCAGUAGUUAUAAAACACUUUGAUACAAAUGCUGCGAAUACUAUGGCUGGUUCCAAAUCUUUGCUCGUUUUUGCGACUACCAAGGGCAACAUCUAUGCUUUAGAUUUACGAACCAUGGAGAUGGUGUGGAAGCUCAAAAAUCGAACAAAUUACGGUGUCAUAACAUCCUUGAUAACGGACCAGAAGCAUACCUGGCUCUUAGUCGGCACCAUGAAGGGCGUACUCACGCUUUUCGACAUUCGGUUCUGUAUUCCUUUACGAUCUUGGCUUCAUCCCAGCCGAAGUCCCAUCAGUGUUCUCUUGCAACAUCCUGAUCCGAAGUGGGAGGGCAAACGUGUUGUCAUAUCUGCCGGACGGAACGAAGUCACUGUAUGGGAUAUCCUUACCAUUCAGUGUGUUGAAAUCUUUGGUGUUAAAUACGGUGAUGAAAAGCUGACUGCCAUCGCAUUGGAAGCUUACAAAAAAUUGGAUCCACCUGCUGAUAGCGACACGCUUCGAAAUGCAUCUUCAUCACAUGAAGCUAAUUUGGCGGAUAACUCGAUAAAAUCCGUCAUUAUUCCUUCAGAUAGCCAUAUAAUGCUGACAGGUGGUUCGGAUAGGAAAAUUCGCUUUUGGGACAUGACCAGGGUUGAGAACUCUACUGUGGUGCUUGGCCUAGAUCCAGAAGAACCACGACCACGUUACAGUUCAAAUACGAUAGAAAAUAUCAAGUUUCAUCUUGAAUUCGCUCAGGUUAAACGUGGAUCAGCCGGUCGCCCACCGUUCUCCUCUCGCAACAGUCCAUCCAAUACUACAACCAACCUUAGCAAUGUGGUGCAACAUCAAAAUAUGAUGCGAAACCAUAUGGAUGCAAUCACAAGUAUGGUCAUGACCGAAAUGCCUUAUCCUAUGAUCAUUAGUGGAGAUCGCGACGGAGUCAUCAAAGUAUUUGCCUAAAUGCAUUCAAAGCAGAGUGGUUAUGUACAUGUAUGUAGAUAUGGAUACAAAUUAAUAUGCACACGGCUUCAAUUGCAAGCCUAAUAAAGAGCAUGACUAGUCAAUUA